CCAGAGGGAGCGGAGCUUCGGCCAGCUCCGGGGGGCGGGCGCUGGAGCGCAGCGCAGCCCUAUCUGUCCGCGGAGCGGACUAACUGGAAGCCGGGCGCUGCCGCGGGAGGCGGACGAUGGGGGCAGGUGCCGCCGGAUGCGCCAUGGACCCGCUGCGCCUGCUGCUGCUUUUGCUGCUCCUGGGGGUGUCACUUGGAGGCGCCAAGGAGGCAUGCCCCACAGGCCUGUACACCCACAGUGGGGAGUGCUGCAAAGCCUGCAACCUGGGCGAGGGUGUGGCCCAGCCUUGCGGAGCCAACCAGACUGUUUGUGAGCCCUGCCUGGACAGCGUGACGUUCUCCGAUGUGGUGAGCGCCACGGAACCAUGUAAGCCGUGCACAGAGUGCGUGGGCCUGCAGAGCAUGUCGGCACCAUGCGUGGAAGCGGAUGACGCUGUGUGCCGCUGCGCCUACGGCUACUACCAGGACGAGACGACCGGCAGCUGCGAGGCUUGCCGCGUGUGCGAGCCAGGCUCGGGCCUCGUGUUCUCCUGCCAGGAUAAGCAGAACACGGUGUGUGAGGAGUGUCCCGACGGCACGUACUCAGACGAAGCCAACCACGUGGACCCGUGCCUGCCCUGCACUGUGUGCGAAGACACCGAGCGCCAGCUGCGCGAAUGCACGCGCUGGGCCGACGCGGAGUGCGAGGAGAUCCCUGGCCGCUGGAUUACACGGUCGACACCCUCAGAGGGCUCAGACAGCACGGCUCCCAGCACCCAGGAGCCCGAGGUACCUCCCGAGCAAGACCCCGUGGCCAGUACAGUGGCAGAUGUGGGGACCACAGUGAUGGGCAGCUCCCAGCCCGUGGUGACGCGCGGCACCACUGACAACCUCAUCCCCGUCUACUGCUCCAUCCUGGCCGCUGUGGUGGUGGGCCUCGUGGCCUACAUAGCCUUCAAGAGGUGGAAUAGCUGCAAGCAGAACAAGCAAGGAGCCAAUAGCCGGCCUGUGAACCAGACGCCCCCACCCGAGGGAGAAAAACUCCACAGCGACAGCGGCAUCUCUGUGGACAGCCAGAGCCUGCAUGACCAGCAGUCCCACACGCAGACGGCCGCAGGCCAGGCCCUCAAGGGGGAUGGAGGCCUGUACAGCAGCCUGCCACCAGCCAAGCGGGAGGAGGUGGAGAAACUGCUCAACGGCUCUGCGGGGGACACCUGGCGGCACCUGGCAGGCGAGCUGGGCUACCAGCCUGAACACAUAGACUCCUUCACCCAUGAGGCCUGCCCGGUCCGUGCCCUGCUCGCCAGCUGGGCUGCCCAGGACAGCGCGACACUUGAUGCCCUCCUGGCCGCCCUGCGUCGCAUCCAGCGCGCCGACAUUGUCGAGAGCCUGUGCAGUGAGUCUACGGCCACGUCCCCUGUGUGAGCUGCCCUGGGAAGCCCUGCCCUGCCCCCACAUUCUGAGGACUGAUGCUCCAGCCUACCCCCACGGGCCAGCAUCAGAGCUGAGCUCCUCUGGGCAGGGCAGGGGAGCCCGGGCCCCUAAACCAGCCCUGUCACUGCUCCCACGUGGUCCCACAGCUUCUGAUCACACCCCCUCUGCAGCGCCAGAGUGCCCCUACUGCCUCUCCCACCCUGUCCCUGUCCCCUCACCAUCUCAGGCCUUCUGUUUCCUUCGCCCUAUACUUCUAGGUGGGCAAGGCCUUCCCACCUUAACAGGUGUCAUACCUGAGGGGUGACGCCGGGGAUGGUGUUAGAGGUGAUGACGAGGCCCCAGACACUCAGAGGGAGACACUAAGGAACCAGAGCCAUGGACUCUACACUGUGAACUUGGGGACCGAGGGAGCAGCAUCGCUGCCUCAGCCCCCCUCAGGCCUCCCCUCUGGCCUAAGAUGAAGAAGAUCAGAGGCCUGACAGAGCUGGAAGGGGGUUUUAAAACUUAGUCCACCCCCUCAUUUUACAUACUGAAGAGUAAGGCCCAGAGAGAGGCAGUGGCUUGCCCAAAGCCACCCAGCAAUGGGGUGGCCAAAUAUGGGCGGAUCCCCUCCUCUCUGAAUGAGGAGCACAGGCCUGAGUUUUGCUUGAGGGCUAGGAGAGGGGGGCCAGGGAGACCCUCUAGGAAAUAUGUCCUGUAGCCAAAUCCCGCCCACUCUCCACCAUCUCCAAGCCUGUCCAACCCCGGUGGAGACGGGAUGCUUUACCCAAGGCCUGGUCCCGUGAUCCAUUAUGACCUGAGUCAGGUUUGGGGUUUGUGGAAAGGGGCGCUACUUCCCUCUGCCUGCCCCGCUCAGGUGUGUCGGUGUGGCAUCUGUGGUGUGGCCCAAUCUGUAGGUACCCUCCAUCCUGGCACAGACCCAGAACCAACACAGGCCGUGUCUUUUCCUAGAGUCAGUCAGGGACUAAGGAGCCCCCCCAACCUGCAAGACAGAUACACACACACACACACACACACACACACACACACACACACACGAGAUGAGAAAUCUUUUCUCCACAAGUUCUUUCUCUCGGGCUGGGACCGGAUCCUGCCUGGGGCAGCUGCCAGAGAAGCAUCACAGGGAAUUGAACUCUGCUCUCUCUCUUCCCUCGCCCCCGGGUUUGGCGGGCCAAGGACAACUGAGGUUGGAGCUGGCGCCUGUCUUCCAGCAAGGGCCUGCUCCCCGCAUCCUCCUCUUCCCUGCAGGCAUGGAUUUGGCUGGGCCCCGAAGGUCGUGAUGAAGAAAAACGGACAGUGUGGGAAUGCAGCAAGAAGGAACUGAGACUGUAGCCCCUAGAGGGUCUCUCCCAAGUUUAGAGGACCCUACAAAGGACUGUUUUCCCCCUAGCUUGGUGCCAGGAAGGGGCCCGGAGGUCUCUCCUGGCCUGUUUUGCUUGAUGUUGGAAUGAGAGUGGCUCCCCUCUAUUUAGCAUGAACGAGCCCCAAGCAGGGUGUGCACUGACGGCCACCCCUUCCCCUGCCCAGGUGCUCCCAGCCCUGCGUGAGGGACUGGACACGUCGUAUGUAGAUGGCAUUUCUGGGAUUUCAAUCUGUGAAGAGAGGAAAAAACUCACCUGCUGGCCCCUCACCCGUGCACCUAGGAGUGGACAGAGUCUGAGUGUAUUUAUUUCCCUCCCCAGCAGUUGGGGAGGGGGUUGGGGGUGGCAAGUAUGUUUUAGCAUGUGUUUGGUUCUGGGGCCCCACCUGUCUCCUUUUGGGCCGAGAUGGAACCCUUUUGGCCCCCUAGCUGGUGGCUGUGAGCUCCAGACUCCCUGACACCUUCCCUUUGCAUCCUGUGUAACCAUUUCUUGGGCCCUCCUGAAACUUACACAUAAAACAUAAAUGAUGAACAUUAAAUAGCAAAGAAAGAAAA